CAAGGCCAGGAUCUACUUCCACCCACUGCCUUCACUUCCUUUACAUGCACUCACACCUCUCCGCUCCCCGUGUCACGAACCUACAGCCUGGCCAUCUGGAAUUGUCACACACAAGAUAGCUAAAGCUGUCAUUGAAGCAAUUGCCUGCCUGGAGAUUCCGCAACGUGGUCCUUGGACUAAACGUUAAGACCACCGUUUAUUUAAGCUUGGACGAGGCGAAGUGAUACGACACUACACACACCUCGACCUUCCCUCAUCCCGGCCAACAUUGAAUUUUGGACAGCAAAUCCUCGAGAGCACUGUGCGCGUUCUAUCACUGCAGCUAAAGAUCAGCUACCCGCACCGAAUCCAACUCUAAGCAAGCAUGGCGCAAGACGGAUACCCUCCUCAGGGUUAUCCUCCUCAAGAUCCUUACGCUGAACAAAACCCUUCCCAACCUGGCUUCGGUGCGCCAGCUACCUCCCCUCCUCCACCUGCCGGACACUCUGAGCAUGAUGGAGGCAAGAAGAAAAAGAGAGGAUAUGCGGCGCAAGCCUACGACUUUGGAGCUGGUGCGAACUCGGCAUUAGGAGGUCAGACUCAAGGCGGCGGACCUGCCUUCCAACCACCUCCAGGACCAGCAUACGGCGGAUAUCAAGCUCAACCAGAAGCUGCGCCAUAUGGCGCUCAACAGUAUGGUGCUCCAGUUGGAGGACCCGAUCCCGCAGCAGCAGGCCCUGGUUAUGCUUCCCCAGCACCAUAUGGCGGCGGUGUAGGUUACCAGAACCCCGCUGCUGGAUAUCCAGGACCCGGCGCACCUCAAGCUCAGGGAGUUGCUGGAAUUACUCAGGGGAUGGGACAGAUGGGAAUGGGAGGACAGCCACCUCUUCCAGGAGCCCAACCAGGACAGCCUCAACCGCCUGGAGGAGCCGCCAGACCAGCAGUUCUGAACCACUUGUACCCCACGGAUCUGCUCAACCAACCGUUCAAUGUUGCAGAAUUGGAUUUGCCACCUCCACCGAUAAUAUUGCCUCCCAAUUCGAGCGUCACCCCUUCGCCAGAUGCAAACUGUCCUCCCAAAUACGUCCGAUCAACACUUAAUGCGGUUCCCACAACACACUCACUUCUCAAGAAAUCAAAGCUUCCAUUCGCUUUGGUCAUCCAGCCAUAUACCUCUCUCCACGAUGUUGAUGACCCAGUGCCCAUUGUACAAGAUCAAGUCAUUUCUCGUUGCAGAAGAUGUCGAUCAUACAUCAAUCCAUACGUCACUUUCCUCGAUCAUGGACACCGAUGGAGGUGUAAUAUGUGUAAUCUUACAAACGAUGUUCCUCAGGCGUUCGAUUGGGACGCUGCGGCGCAGAAGAGUGUGGACAGAUGGCAGAGACCGGAGCUGAAUCACGCUGUGGUAGAAUUUGUUGCUCCACAGGAAUACAUGGUCCGACCUCCACAACCACUGGUAUACCUCUUCUUGUUCGAUGUUAGCUAUGCGUCGGUUUCCUGUGGUCUCCUGGCUACAAGCGCAAGGACAAUUUUGGACUCCCUAAACAGACUACCAAAUGCUGAUCGACGAACUCGUGUUGGGUUUAUGGCUGUUGAUUCCAGCCUGCACUACUUCGCCGUUCCCAAAGAUUCAGACGAGAAUGGAGAGACUCAAAUGCUUGUUGUGAGCGAUCUCGAUGAACCAUUCCUGCCAAUUCCACAGGAGUUGUUGGUUCCACUUUCAGAGAGCCGGCUGAGCGUCGAGAAGUUCCUCACUACCCUACCAGCAAUGUUCCAGUCCAACCAGAAUAAUGGAUCUUGUAUGGGUUCUGCUCUGAGAGCUGGUCAUAAGCUCAUAUCCCCACUUGGUGGCAAGAUUGUUGUUAUCACUGCUUCUCUCCCCAAUGUUGGAUAUGGCAAGCUCGAGAUGCGUGAAGACAAGAAAUUGCUGGGUACUUCAAAAGAAAGUGCUCUCUUGCAAACUGGUAACAGCUUCUACAAGAGCUUUGCUGUUGAGUGCUCAAAGAAUCAAGUCUCGAUCGAUAUGUUCCUCUUCUCGUCCCAGUACCAGGACGUGGCAUCUCUCAGCAACCUUCCAAGAUAUACUGGUGGCCAAACUUAUUUCUACCCUGGAUGGAAUGCUGGAAGAAGCGAGGAUGCUAUCAAGUUCGCUACUGAGUUUAGCGAUUACUUGUCAGCAGAAAUUGGCCUGGAAGCUGUCCUACGUGUUCGUGCUACGACUGGCCUUCGUAUGAGCACCUUCUAUGGCAACUUCUUCAAUCGAAGUUCGGAUCUUUGUGCUUUCCCUGCUUUCCCUCGAGACCAGAGCUAUGUUGUGGAAGUGGCUAUUGACGAGAGCUUGACGAAGAACUUUGUUUGCAUGCAAACAGCUGUGCUCCAUACCACCAGCAACGGAGAACGGCGAAUCAGAGUUAUGACACUGUCUUUACCUACGACCACCAAUCUUGCGGAUGUUUAUGCAUCAGCGGAUCAGUGUGCCAUUACAACUUUCUUCAGCCACAAAGCUGUUGAGCGAGCAUUAAGCAGUGGUCUCGAACCAGCACGUGAAGCACUCCAGUCGAAGCUUGUUGAGCUUCUGCAGACAUUCAAGAAAGAACUCGCAGGAGGUAACUCUGGCGGUGGCGGGCUUCAAUUCCCUGCCAAUCUUCGCGGGUUGCCUGUUCUAUUCCUCGGCCUUAUCAAGAACGUUGGUCUGCGGAAAUCGGCUCAAAUACCAUCUGAUCUUCGGUCUGCGGCUCUGUGCCAAUUAUCAACUCUGCCCCUUCCUCUGCUGAUGCAAUACAUCUAUCCUCGACUUUACUCAUUACACGACAUGCCUGACAAUGCUGGUGUUCCGGACCCCGAAACAUCGCAAAUUGUCCUCCCCCCACCUCUUAACCUUUCCUCGGAACGCUUGGCACCAUAUGGUCUUUACUUAAUCGACGAUGGGCAAACUCAAUUCCUUUGGGUGGGCCGGGACGCAGUACCGCAACUCCUAGCUGAUGUAUUCGACAUUGGCGACAGAACCAAACUCAAGGUCGGCAAGAGCACUCUUCCAGAACUCGACAACGACUUCAAUGAGCGUGUCCGAGCUGUCAUCAUGAAGAGUCGGGACUACCGAUCUCGAGGUGUCGGCAGCAUUGUUGUGCCGCAUCUCUAUGUUAUCCGCGAAGAUGGUGAUCCAAGCUUGAAGUUAUGGGCGCAGACGCUGUUGGUGGAAGAUCGGGCGGACCAGGGAAUGAGCUUCCAGCAGUGGAUGGGGACCUUAAGAGAGAAGGUCGUUCAAUGAUUGUUCGUCAUGUGAAGCGAAGCAGGGAAGUGCUCUCGUCAGAUGAUGGAAGAUGGGAAAGUUACUGUAGCACUAUAGAAAGAAAGCAAAAACAUCUUACUUAGUGAAGCGAUUCAUGGAUGCAGUUUACCAUAAGCAUAAUACUCGUCAUGUUGAUAUCGCAACCAGCGCCUCAACCUUACUUUCUAUAUCGACCGAUCAGUUCUUUGACUCACGCCCCUUGCCAUGGCGUACUUGCUAAGACGUAAUAAUGGCAGCUGCAAAUCACUCAAGAUACCUGGUCAAAGAAUUCCGUCAGACCACAUUGUUCAUUCUACCCCUUAGAUAAUCGAAUAAUGGAGUCCAAGCCCUAUCUGCAGACCGGAACGGAUCGAGAUCAAAAAUGGAGAGGCUGGAUCUCGCAAAGAAAGCGUGUCCGAGUAGACGUGUAUCUGACCCCCUCGCACUGAUCAGAUGAAAAAAAGAAGCGCAGACGUCCAAUCGGAUUCAGGUAAGCAGUUCUCGAUCACAUCACAAAGCACAAUGCUCGUCCAGCCUCCCAAGUCCCUGAACUGAAGCCAUCGUUUGGGAGGUGUUUGACUAUGGGCUUUCAUCCGAAGGAGGAUCCCGGUAGGCUUGAUGGGCAGGGGGCGAGUGGUUGAGGAGGACUGUGGGCUGGCUCCUGGAGUGAACGGGAGAUGGCAGGGGAGGGUAUAAAUGGUUUGUUAUACAGCUGGCAAGGAGCAGAUUCGGAAGAUAGGGAGGGCGCGAAGGGGUGAAGAUCAUUCAUUUGGGAUGGUGAUCUGGUUGAUCUGAGCUUGAGCUUGUUCUUGAUUCGGAUGGCUGGUUGGUGGUUCACGGUGCAAGGUACGGGUGGUUGUAAAUGGCGGCUUCGCUAACCGUUGGAUGUUUAGCAAUGAUUGCCUACGGGUUCUGGAUAGUAAAUAGUAAACAGUACAAAAAUAUACUUCAUUCGAAGUUUGGAUAGUCAUAUGCGCUCAAGAAGUCAACACUAAUUGGGUGAUGCGCUGAGAGUAAUGCAGUCCCCCAAGCCCAGCAACAGUUCAGUGUGGUCGCACCGCUGCCGUCACCAUCGCCAUCACAUCACAUCGGCCAGUCAUGAAACGCCGCUGUCGAUGGCUGCACCCGUGAAACAGGCGCCAUGGGAGUUAGAAGCUAUUCCGGACGGCGCUGUGCUGACUUAGGUAGAGGCUAGUUCUGGACUGGUGUGAUAGCAGCCGGCGCUUAGGGAAGGCCAAAUUAAGUAUCGGGCAGCAGCGGCACCCCCUUCCCCUCGCUAACGGUGCUCGCCCUUCGCCCCUCCUGAGUCCUGUCUCUGGCCGCGCCAUAGUACGCUGAUUCGGCACCGCCGUCAAGCCAGUCGGCCCCUCCAAGCAGGUGUCCAGCCAGUAAGAGAGCGCUGCCCGUCCUCAAGCACAGCAAAAGGACGAGACGACGACCAGGGACUGGAGCGGAGGACAGGGGAGGAGAGGGGGAAGACAAGCAAAGGCACGCCAAAGCACAGCACAGCACAGCACAGCACAGCACUGCACUGCACAGCAGAAGAAGGGAAGGGAAGGGAAGGGCAGGCCCGCAACGACCCCUCCUCCUGUCCAUGUCGAUGCCCACCCACCACGCUGACUAGACCCCAACCAGCGACUCAGACCUCCCUCCUCCCUCCUCCAUCCACUCUCCACCGCAAAGCAAAGCAAACCAAGCAGACCAGACUAGGCCUGCAGAAGCAGUCGGAUAGACGAGGCCUUUCAGCGGAAAGCAACAUCGUGACCUCCGACCUCUGUGCGCAGAG